AUGGGUCGUAAAUCUGAGCACUACUAUUCGUCGAAUCCUUUCUGGUAUCUCUGGAGAAACAAAUGGUUACUCAUUGUCGGGAUUUGGUGUUCCGUGAAUCUCAUUCUCGACUACCUCUUUGUCACCCCGAAUUUCCCGCGAUGGGCACGACAAAAGCGUUUGAUCCGAAACGUCGACAAAUACUCCCAUUUGAUUCCUCUCGAAUCAAUCGAAAACUCGACAGCAUUCUCAGUGUUCGCUAAACGUUUAGAGGCGAUGAACGAGCCACCAUAUAUCAUUUUUUUCGACAAAACCAACAUUGACGUCACCAAAAAUCAUAUUUGCAACUUGAAAGUGAUGCCGGGUGCUCUGGAGCGACUUGCAGCAGUGGCUUUCGAUCAAGAAGCCGAAGAAGCGUUGAAUCGACACGAUCCUUCGAUUCCAACAGUUACCGUGGAUUUUACUCAUGUUCGGGCCGUAGUUCCCAGUGAUCUCGAGAACAAAAAGUACGUUACGUAUCAAUUGAUUUUGAUGCUGCGUGCUCGAAUCGUUAUCGCCCUAGCAAAACGCGGACUCAAUUUUUGGGCCAUGCAACAGGAUUCGAUUUGGACUUCAAACUUUGCAAUGAUGGACAUCGAAAACACGUAUCCAGAUGCGCACUUGCUUUUCGACACAGUUGGUAAUGAUCAGUUUCCCAUCUAUGAAAACAUGAAAAACUGGAUUUGCGGAUCGACAUUUUACGUGAAAGGCAACCAUGUAAAUGUUGAAUUCUUUCAACAAGUAGUAAAUCUGAUGAGAUUCCGGCAAUCACCCGAUUCUUCGAUCAUGACCUAUCUGUGUGGAUUGAAUCGCUUUAAAUGUGUGACCCUACCAAAAGCUCUGAUCUCAAAUUCUAACUUCUUUAUGGGUAAUCGUAGCCCAAUAUCCGUUGUAAUUCAGGUUGAUCACGAGUCGCCAUUACCGAAAAUGGAACUAUUCCGUAAAUGGAACCUCGACUUCACAAGUAAAAAGACGAAAUGUGAUAUGAAAGUUCUCGACGAUAUUCGGGAGUCAGUUACCUUAGCACUUCCAGAAGUGAGACAAGUUCCGCCUCCAGCUAAAACCUCUUACUACAGCCAGCUCAAGUUAAGA